AUGGAGGAGAAAAAUAAUAAUGAUUAUAAGGGAAAACAAUUAACACAAAUAGAAAAAUGGAUAAGAAAACAUAAAUUAGAGUAUAGUGCAGCUACUAGACAUCCAUUUAUUUAUUCUAUUCAUCAUGGUUCUAUUGAUUUCUCUUGUUACAAGAAUUGGCUGGAAAGGGAAUAUUUGUUUGUGAAAACAGCUUUGGUACCAUUUGCAGCUAGUGUUUUGGUUAAAGCUUGGAAAGAGUCAAUUGAUAGCUAUGAUGUUGAGGUUAUUUUGGCUUUUUUGGCUUAUUUGAAUGAUGAGAUUUCUUGGUUAAAACAAGAAGCUCCCAAGUGGCAUAUUUCCUUGACAAGUGUGCUUGUUUAUGAACACAAGCCCCUCCAUGAUUAUUUUAGUUUUUUCGAACGUUUGACAAGCCCAGACGUGAAGUAUACAGAAGCAAUAACCAUUUUAUGGGCAGUGGAAUCAGUUUAUUACAAUGGAUUUAAACAUUGUUUAGAAGAAGGAAAUAAUACUCCAAAUGAAAUGAAAGAGGGAUGUAAAAUAUGGGGCAAUAAUAAUUUCAAACAAUAUUGUGAAUCAGUUGAAAACAUAGCUAAUCGAACGCUAGAACAGGCGUUGGACGAAGACGUAUCGAAGACUGAAGUAUUAAUCCUUGAAUUUCUUGAGAAUGUUGUUCAUUUUCGGAAUAUGAACCUUGGAGGAACUUAAAGCUUUUGUAUCGUAUCGUGGUACGUACUAUAGUUCAAUGUUUAAUAUGGUUAUCGUUACUUAGUAUGUUAUCGACUUAUUUCCUUGUAUAGACCAUGUAGAAAAAUGAUGUAUAUCAAUGUACAUGUAUAGCUAGCGUGAGUGUGUAUGUGUGUGUAUAUAUAUAGAUAGAGAGUAGUGUGUUGUGUUAAGUAGUGUUGAUUAUACUUGUUGUUUGUCCCUUCUAAUAAAUUGUGGAACUUGUGUUCACUUACA